GAGAGACAGACAGACACAGGGUGGGUGAGUGAGAGAGAGAGAGAGACCCAGCUGAGGGAUAUGGUGUUUGUCUCUUGGGAUUUACAAACACACACUGCCUGUUCAGAUCACAAGAGGGUUUGUCUAUUUUGUCUGCACUACCUUGACCCGGAGCUGCACUGUCUGAGGCAACGAGAAAUUAACCAGCACGAAUAGCAUUAGAGGCAUCAUUUUGCAUGGUGAUCUGAAAAUCAGCAAACAAGGAAUAUGAACAGGAAAACAAGGCGUUGGAUUUUCCAUAUCUUUCUGAGCCUAGGGAUUGUAUAUAUCAAAAUUGGGGGUUUUUCCUCUGUGGUGGCUCUGGGGGCCAGCAUCAUCUGUAACAAGAUCCCGGGUUUAGCUCCUAGACAGAGGGCAAUCUGUCAGAGCAGACCCGAUGCUAUCAUAGUGAUCGGAGAAGGGUCUCAAAUGGGAAUCAACGAAUGUCAAUUUCAAUUCCGAAAUGGACGCUGGAAUUGCUCUGCCUUGGGGGAAAGGACGGUCUUUGGAAAAGAGCUGAAAGUGGGUAGCAGAGAAGCAGCAUUCACAUAUGCCAUCAUUGCCGCUGGAGUAGCACAUGCGAUCACUGCUGCCUGUACCCAGGGAAACCUAAGUGACUGUGGUUGUGAUAAAGAAAAACAGGGACAGUACCAUAAAGACGAAGGAUGGAAAUGGGGAGGCUGUUCUGCUGACAUCAGAUAUGGAAUAGGAUUCGCCAAAGUGUUUGUGGAUGCAAGGGAGAUUAAACAGAACGCAAGGACUCUCAUGAACUUGCACAACAACGAGGCGGGGCGUAAGAUUCUUGAAGAAAACAUGAAAUUAGAGUGCAAGUGCCAUGGAGUUUCAGGAUCUUGUACUACUAAGACAUGCUGGACAACCCUUCCUAAAUUCCGGGAGCUGGGCUACAUCCUUAAGGACAAAUACAAUGAAGCAGUUCAGGUUGAACCGGUGAGGGCAAGUCGCAACAAGCGUCCAACCUUCCUUAAAAUAAAGAAGCCACUGUCCUACCGCAAACCCAUGGAUACAGAUUUAGUGUACAUAGAAAAAUCUCCAAAUUACUGUGAAGAAGACCCUGUCACUGGCAGUGUGGGAACACAGGGCAGAAUGUGCAACAAAACAGCCCAGCAGACCAAUGGCUGUGAUCUGAUGUGUUGUGGUCGAGGUUACAAUACACACCAGUACUCACGAGUGUGGCAGUGCAACUGUAAAUUUCAUUGGUGCUGCUAUGUAAAGUGUAAUACGUGCAGUGAAAGAACAGAAGUGUACACCUGUAAAUGAAAGUGUGGCUGGGGAAGGUGACUCUAGAUCCCUAGGAAUGAAUACAUUUGCACAUGAGCUCAACACAACUACUCAAGACUGUAGCAAAGACCUGCUUUCUUCCAAAAGAAAAGCUAAUGAACGGAUCUGUCUUUUCCUCUCAUGUUUCAGUACUUAUGUGGAUACACAUUAAAGACUUGUAUAAAUUAUCCCCAAAACCUCAAAACAAAACAAAAAAACAAGCCACUUGACACACAAAACAGAGGAAAAAAAUCAUCUAAACGAAUCUGCACCUCCAAAGCUUAAUGUAAUGACUGCCUUACGAAAAGAACACCCAGUCAAGUGGAAAAAAUCGGAGAGCUUGGCAACUGACUCUUUUGGUUUGGAAAAAAAUGGUUAA